AUGAGAUCCAUCGUGCUGCUCCUGGCCACCGUCGCCGCCGUGCAUGCUGGAGCACUGGAUAAAGCAGAUCAUGAGGGUGUCAGCAUUACAAAGCGACACGCCCUCUACGGCUUGGGGUUGGCUGAUUCUGCUGCCCAGGCACAGGCUCAGGCACAGGCCGCUGGGCUCGGGGGUGGAUACUACGGUGGGGGUGGAGCUGCACUGAGCCAGGCACAGGCACAGGCGCAGGCGCAGGCUGCUGGGCUGGGCGGCGGCUACCACGGCAUCUGGAAGCGACACGCCCUCUACGGCUUGGGGUUGGCUGAUUCUGCUGCCCAGGCACAGGCCCAGGCACAGGCCGCUGGGCUCGGGGGUGGAUACUACGGUGGGGGUGGAGCUGCACUGAGCCAGGCACAGGCACAGGCACAGGCGCAGGCUGCUGGGCUGGGCGGCGGCUACCACGGCAUCUGGAAGCGACACGCCCUCUACGGCUUGGGGUUGGCUGAUUCUGCUGCCCAGGCACAGGCCCAGGCACAGGCCGCUGGGCUCGGGGGUGGAUACUACGGUGGGGGUGGAGCUGCACUGAGCCAGGCACAGGCACAAGCACAGGCGCAGGCUGCUGGGCUGGGCGGCGGCUACCACGGCAUCUGGAAGCGACACGCCCUCUACGGGUUGGGGUUGGCUGAUUCUGCUGCCCAGGCACAGGCCCAGGCACAGGCCGCUGGGCUCGGGGGUGGAUACUAUGGUGGGGGUGGAGCUGCACUGAGCCAGGCACAGGCACAGGCACAGGCGCAGGCUGCUGGGCUGGGCGGCGGCUACCACGGCAUCUGGAAGCGACACGCCCUCUACGGCUUGGGGUUGGCUGAUUCUGCUGCCCAGGCACAGGCCCAGGCUCAGGCUGCCGGGCUCGGGGGUGGAUACUACGGUGGGGGCGGAGCUGCACUCAGCCAGGCACAAGCACAAGCGCAGGCCGCUGGGCUGGGUGGUGGCUACCACGGCAUCUGGAAGCGACACGCCCCCUAA